CUACUGUGCAUGUGAUUCAAAGCUCAAUUUUCUAAACUCAUUUUAUCACUCGAUAGAUUCCUGUCGAUGAGGCCAUAAUCCUUCUGCUUGUCCAAUCGGCUGAUUCCACCAUCUCUCCUUUUCCAAAUCCGCCUCAGAAGUCUCUAGCAAACAGGAAAUGCAUAACCUAGUCUCCCAACGGAGUACUGUCAUUCAGAAAAUAUAGCUUGCCAUUCAUAAAGAGACCGGAUCCCACCCUUCACCCCUAUUUCUUUACUUAUUGUUGUUUUAUCCCUCCGUUGCUCUGAUUGCAUAGAGUUUUUAUUUGCUGAGAAAAAGAAUGACAAACUAUAACAAUAACAGACCGGACCUUGAAUGGGAUGAUUCCAACUUUCCACACCAUCCAAUACCCGCUGAUUCUGUGCCGCGUGAUCGUAACAACCAGUCAGUAGGGUUGACUCCUCAGGCUUGUGUCGCUAUUCAACAACCAACUGUGCCCCCCUUCGUCCCUGCCUACUACAUGGAUCCAAAUCGUCCUUACUAUGCUGGGGCCAGCCACCAUAACGCUCUAGGCCCCGAUUCCGCCGCUUUUAUCUAUCCGAUGAAUAUGGAAAACCAUUCUCAUCAUCUCGUCACGGGAGUUCAAGCACCCAGCCCAUCUGUCCCCACGGUCAAAAAUGGAGCUAUGAAUAUUAAUCCUCUCCCAGAGCCAGCGGAGCCGGUACAUAAGAGUGACAAUUCUAAUCCGGACCACAAUCACCGAUGCGAUUGGCAAGCCUGUAAUCGCUCCUUUACUCAACCCCAAGACCUAAAAAAACACUUCAAAACCGACCACCACCACUCCAACAAUACAGUGUGUGAAUGGGGAGGAUGUAAUAGUCCAUUUCUUCAAUCCAAAGGCUUGUUACGACAUGUCAAUACUAUCCAUAUCUUCCCCGAUGCCUUCUCGUGCCCUAUCAAUAAGUGCAGUAAAACUUUCAAUCGAAAGGAUAAUAUCCCGAGACAUGUUCGUCUCAUGCACAAUCGAUCCCCUGAGCUCGACGAGGUAGAAUAGAAAUGGCGAGUACAUGAAUACUUAUGACGGGUUAUGUGUGAUAGGACUAAAAAUGGGUUAGAUGGAUUAUCUUUCGGGCAAGCGUUAUUUUUCGGUUUGUAAUACUCUUAUACUAUUAGUAUUACUUUUACUUGUGUUUUUUCUUUAUGUAUUUAAGACUAAUAUUUUCUAUACUUAUUUCACAUCACAUUGAUUAUAUCAUUUCUUGGCGUUGGGCUGGAUUCUCUUUAGUAAGGUGAAU